AAAAAAAAAAAAAAAAAAUUCUCACAUGUGAGAAGGCUGGAAUCAUUGCCAGAUAAAUAUUCUUUAACUAUUCAAUAUAUAUAUUUUUUUUCUCUUUGGGUACCUGUGGUUGGUACAUAUUUAAAUAAUACUAUCUUUGUUUGGGUUGGCGCAAUGUUCCAAUGAUAGGGAGGGUGGGUUGCUUCUAUUUGUGUUUGUGCCUUUGUGGGUGGUAUCUGUAUUUGUUGGGAUUGCAUUUGUGUUUUUUCUUUUAUAAUAAAAAUCUUGUCUUGGUGUUUUCUGGUCUUUUCUGUUCCCCGUCCCAGCCGCAUCAUUUCAUUUCUAUGGGGUUUUCAGAAAUUGAUACAUGAUGGUCUUCUUGUUGGGCAUUAUGGUUAGAAGUGGGUUUGCUUUCUCAUUGAUCUUAGAGCACUUGCCUUGAGGUUGUGAGGCAGAGAAGGUGACGAUGGCUACUUAUUACCCCAGUUUAACCAGCCAGAGAGACAACAUGCAAAGUCCAUAUCUAGGAGACCAGAAACUUGCUUCUUAUUCUGAACUUCCCUCCCAUCCUAAUAACUUGACAAUUUAUUUGAACCAAGCUUCUGCUGCUGGAUCCUACUCAGAAUUUUUAACUGAGAGUUCCUUGUCUUCUCACAAUUGUGCUGAAUUUGCAUCUGCUGGAGAUGGAAAUGAGAUGAUGUUCAUUCCACCUACAAGUGACACAAUGAAUUUGCAAUCUAUUGGACAUUUAAACACAGCAGCAAGUAAUCCAGUAGACAACCAAGUUAAUCGGAAUGCCCAGGUGGUUUCCACAGCACAGCUUGGCAUUCUAGAUAGUGAACAGAAUUUUCAGAGUCAGGGAUUAUCUCUAAGCCUUGGCACAGAGAUGCAAUCUGCAGUUUCUGUUCCGUCAUUUCAAUAUCAAAGUCCAAACCUAAUUUUACCUUCAUUAUCAAGUCCACUUCUUCCAGUACAGGGGAAGUGGACAUUAUUCUGUGAAGGUGAUGAAAAUAAUCAAAGUAAGGUGUUGAGAGAUUCUGAAUUCUUGUCUACUUUUGCUGGAGGCAACCAUAACCCUAUCAAAAGAGAGGAUUCCUGUAAUCCUCAGUGCUUAGACACCCAAAAAGAAAUUCAUAGUGAUACAUUUAUGUAUGAAACUUGUGGUUAUGCUAAUGCUUUCUCAAACUCUAAAUACCUCAAGGCAGCUCAACAACUGCUUGAUGAAGUGGUUAAUGUCAGAAAGGCCCUAAAGCAGCUCCAAUCCAACAAAUGUUUUGAUGACACCAAGGAGAAUGACAGGCAACCCAGCAACCAAUCUAUCCCUCCAACAUCAAAUGGGAUUUCAUCUGGCACUAAUGAGUCAAUUGCCAACUCCUUUUCUGACCUCUUUUCCACAGAAAGGCAGAAUUUACAGAACAACAAGAUAAAGCUUUUGUCCAUAUUGGAUGAGGUUGAUAGAAGAUACAGACAAUAUUACCAUCAAAUGCAAAUUGUGGUGUCUUCUUUUGACAUGGUAGCUGGUCAUGGAGCAGCUAAAUCAUACACAGCACUUGCUCUCCAAACAAUUUCCCGUCAUUUCCGCUGUUUGCGUGAUGCAAUCAACAACCAGAUAGAAAUAACGAGGAGAAGACUUGAGGAGCAAGGUACUUCACCUAAUGGUCACGGAGAGAUACCACGUCUCCGCUAUGUGGAUCAGCAGCUCAGACAACAAAGGGCUCUCCAGCAGCUUGGUGUGAUGAGAAAUGCUUGGAGACCUCAAAGGGGCCUUCCUGAGAGCUCUGUUUCAAUUCUUCGAGCUUGGCUUUUUGAGCAUUUCCUUCAUCCCUAUCCUAAUGAUUCAGAGAAAAUCGUACUAGCAAAACAGACAGGAUUGACCAGAAACCAGGUUGCAAACUGGUUUAUUAAUGCACGGGUGCGCCUUUGGAAGCCCAUGGUUGAGGAAAUAUACAAAGAAGAAUUUGCUGAUUCUGAAGCAAACUCUAAAUCUUCUUUAGAUGAUGCAACCAAAGUACUUGGGGAGAAUCACUUGGUAUCUGAGAAUGGGCUAGAAAAUUUGCAGGACAGUAUGAUGUCUGCAACUGCUGAUAGUAUCCCCCAAGGUCAAGUCCACGACUUAAAGUUUGAUGGCAUUCCUGAUAUAGAAAUGAACAAACCUGUAGCAAAAACAGUUCAGAAUAAUUCUCUUGGAGAUGUCGCCAAUUGUAGGAUUAUGAAACUCCAAUCUAACCAAAUAUCGAACGUGGAUGAACAAAGCCCUUAUGUAGACAAGAAUAUCCCAGGUAACCAACAUGGUGAUGAGAGUCUUAUGCCUGCUGCUCUCUCGUAUGACAUAACAGAGUUGAGUGGAUUUGCAAUUGGCAGUCAAGUGUCACUUGCAUUGGGAUUGCAACAUCAUGAAAGGGAUGCUUUUCCCAUGUCUGGUGGGAACCAAAUAAGAGGUGACAAUAUAACGGCUUCCUCUGUGGGACAUGAUUCGAUGGAUUAUAAUUGCAUGAAUCUGGGAAAGCAACAGGACAGGUUUGGAAAUUCCCAUCUGUUACAUGAUUUUGUAGUUUGAAAGAAUCCUUGCUUCUGCCUUACGGUUUUUGGGUAAAAAAAUAAUUCUUGUCAAGAGAAGGAUCAGUUUUGGAUAGCCAAAACAGAAAUUAAAUGCUUUGUGAUGCUGCUCUGGAGCCCAUUAUUCUACUUUCUUAUGGUUUGAAUACUAGAAAAUCAAUGCUGCUACAGAUAUAGAUGUACAUACGGGCAUGAGGCCUGCUUGUAAUAUAAAAAUAGAUUGGUGGAAUUGUAGGCAUAUUUGUAAGGAUACAGUAAGAUGCUUGUGGUCUUGUGUACAAAGUUGAAUAAGGAAUUUUGUACAAGUACUUCCUAAUUGUGACACUGAUGUAUCGUAUCAUUCAGAAAAUUUUCUGAAAUAAAUGUGAUUUGAAAAUUA